AUGCCUUUCAAGCCACACUACCUGUUGGUCUCCCUGACUCUCUGCUGGUUCGUGGCUCUUCAAGCAGCAUUCCCCGUGAACGGCUGUGCUGCAUGUCAGAAGUGUCUCUGCAUCCGGACGUCCUCUGCUUUCAUCUCUCCUAGGCUGUUCCACAGGAUAGAGAUCCUACCUCCAGGUGCCCACUGUCGUCAAGCAGAAAUCAUCGUUACCAAGAAGGACAAAGCCACCGUCUGUGUGACUCCAGAUGCACGAUGGAUCAACAAAGUCAUUGCCAAGUUACAAAGAAACAACAAGAAUUUGAGAAGUGCAGAACUUCCCAUCUCAACCACCAUUGAGUGA